GUGUGUGUGUGUGUGUGGAUGAUUCAGCAGCUCCGGUUCAGUCAGUCAGCUUCAGUCUCAGCGGCUCGUCCUCUGCACAUGUACGGCACAGGCGGAUUUCAGGCGGACAAACGGCUUCUAAUUUGAUAUUUUACCGCAAACGUUGUGACGAGAGGAAGAUAAAGGUAGACCCGUGCAGGUGAUAAACAUCAGUCGGAGACCCCGUAGUGUUUGGGAAGUGUUGAGUUAGUGCAGGCCGGAGAAGAGGAGCGAAGCACCGUAGGGAGGCUGCUGCUGUGUCCUUCUCACAUCUCCCGGUGGAUUUUUAGCCUAAUUUAUGGACUUUUGACGCCUGUCGUCUUUUAUCACACUCUCUGCUGUCGGAUUUAACCAUAACCCAUCCUGACUCACAUCCAGCCGGUUUCAUCCAACCACCUCAACUUCGACAUUUCCGCAUUUUGACGUCUGAUGCUCCGUCUACCCGGCAGCUCCUCUUGCUCAGUGUCUCCAUGGUGAAGUGGGCAGGGUCUGAUGUCAGCCCCUCCUCUCGUCAACCCUCCUGCCAUGCCCACCAUGGUUUCCAGGUUGCCCAAAUUCGGUUUGAGGCCCAAAUCUGCCACAGCCCCCAGUGGUGCCCAGAUGGGUCCAACUGCUAACGCCGGCACCUUCACCAGCACCGCAGUGACCAGCACCCGCCUCACUAACGGGUUCUACCAUCAUCCUGGCCCGGCGGGGGUCAACGGGAGUUUAACUGCGCCUCCCUCCUCUGUUAAGCAGAAUGGAUUCAUCAGAGUGCCGACUUCAUUCAGCAUGAAAUUGAGGAAAGAAAAUGGGACGAUGGAGGAUGGAGGGGUGGAUGAAGAGGGGGAAUUGAGAAGAGGAAAGGACGGGAAUGUUGGGCAGAACCGCUCCGGUAACAACAUCCAUCAGUAUUAUUCCCAACGACCACAUGGAUCACCAGUGGUGUCCCAGCGUGACGCCAAAAAAACGACGACCUCCUCUGCAGGAAAGGGGCGUGGUUUUGGCCAACCUGUGACAUCCACAUCAAUGCCAUUACCACAGUCCAGCCCCAGAACUCUUCCUGGUUCUAAAAGCGGAUCUCAUGGUUCCAAACCAAGCCAGACUGCAUCUGGACUGACCAACGGCACAAAACAGACCCUAAAUGGUCUUCCUGGAUCUAAACCACGGAGCGGAACCAAUGGUUAUCUAAGACGGCCUCAGAAUUUUCCUCGUCCCAGUAGUUCUAGGCCAGGCUCUGGUCCUGGUUCUCGAUCUGGUUCCCCCCUCCAAAAGAAAGCAGCAGCCAGUCGCUCAUACUCCAGUGACAGCCUUGGGUCUGCUCCAUCGGUCCAACUCACUGAGAGUGACAGGUUUCGGUCACGUAGCCUCACCCAGGUCCGACAGCAGCCCUCCCCCACCCUCACCCCUUCCUCCACCUCCUCCUCUUCCCUCCCUCGCUCCCCCACUGUCACCCGUUCCUACUCCAUCAACAGGGCUGCUGAACGAGGACUUAAAGAGCUAACAGCUUCUUCUGCUCAGCCUCCAUCCAGAGGCAGCUUGACAAAAUCACCUGUUACCAGCCAGAGUCCAGAAGGAGGAGGUAGAGGUGGAGGGGUCAAAGUUCAAAGUGCUGUUGCUUCAGGGAGGUCAGGGGUUAUCAUCCCCUCCCUCCUACCCCCCUCUGCCUUAAAGAAACCCCUGCUAACCAGCCUCGGCCCUCCGGCUAAACCCAGUGGCAUCAGCUAUAAGCUGUCACGCCCGUCACUUAUCAAGCAGUCCCGCCCCCUCCGGGUAACCCCAACCAAUGUGUCUGGUGGUGACCCAGAAGUGAACCAAGGAUUAACGGGACAGAGGAACUCAGUAGAGAUUCCCUCUACUACAGAAAACAGCCCAGAAAGUACCCCAGAGGCUCCAGAGACAGAGGGGCUGUCAACAGAGCCAGUAUCCCAGGCAGAGGUGUCAAGUGGGGAGACACUGGAGGACAUGUCCCUGUCUUCAACCUCCUCUCUGGAUAGAAACGAUACCAGUCAGGAGUAUAUGGAUGACUUUGACAAUCUCGGAAACGGAGGAGUUGGAAUAAUGCUCCUCUCCUCCAAAAAUGACGAGGACGACUCAGGGCUUGACCAAUCAUGUGCCAGGUUUGAUGACGACAAGUCGGCUAUUAACGGUGUUACUAAGGCCACGGGACUCUGUUUUCUGGACGACGGUAUGGACUGGGCUGCCAUGAGACUAAGUGGUGAGCGAGGGGAACAUCGUCUGACCCAACUGUCACGCCGAAGAAGGUCCAGUCAGCCAGAUUAUCAUGACCAGGGUGGUUCGUCCCUGGAUCUGUCCCCAUCUGACAGCUGUGGGUCUGGGGGAACCUACAUGUGGGAUGAGGAGGGUCUGGAGCCGCUGGGGGGCGCCAUCACAACCGUGUCUAUCAACACCAACAGCAACACCACACACCACAUUGGCUUUGACUCGGACCUCAACAGCAUCGACAUCUUGAACAACCUGGACUCUUGUGAUCUGGAGGAUGAUGAUCUCAUGUUGGAUGCAGACUUUGCAGAAGAUGCCUCACUGCACAGUGAUGGAGACGGGAUGUCCCACAUGGCCCAGUGGAGGAGGAGACAGCUCUGCUGGGGAACACAGGAUGUCCACAAUGAUAAUGAAAGUGACUUCCAGUGUUAUAACCUGACAGAGGAUCCUGGGAAUAAGAGGACAGACACGACUAAGGACAGGGACCUCAUCCUGGACCUCUGCCCUUCAAGGUCUCCCUGCCUGUCUCCUCUUACUCCUGGUUUGGGUCUGGACGUGGAGGAACUGGCUGAAGACUGUUCUGCUGUCCGAUCACAGCUGGAGUUCCUGCAGAGAUUACUGCUGCAGGAGGAGGAUGUGGAUGAUGACACUCUGACCACAGACACUCUGAGUCCUGAGGCCAAUGACUCGUCCCACAGCUCCGACUCACAGGUGCAGGCUCUCCUGCAGGAGGUGCAGCAGCUCAGAGAGGAGCUGAGGAGCAGAGACCGAACCAUCGCACAACUCACACUGCAGCUGACUGUUCCCACAGCGACAGGCAGGUGUCGCUGCCAGGAGAUGACAGGAAAGAUGGAUCGACACACACAGACGACGGUGACAGAGAGAGAGAGCGUGGCCUCGCAGACACCCUGGAGAGAGCACACUUCACAGAUACUUCACUCCUCCAGCCAGGAAGUCCAGAAACCACUGAUGGACCGAGUUCCAAAGCCACCGCCAACCCAAGCUCCGCCUCCAGCUAACCCCCGCUCUGAGAUCCCUGCUGACAAACUUCUGGACUCCCCAGACACCAACACCGCUGACUCCAAGACCGAGGAAAGAGAGGCCGAUGGGAAAGGAUCAACGAAGGAGGAGAAAGGAGAGACGAAGGAGAGGAGAGGAGCCUUCACCAGAUCCCUGAAGCUUCCCCAGCCCUCCAAACUUCGCCAUUUCCUGUCUCAGACCUCCAGACCAGACUCCAGCUCUGCCUGUACCUUCACUGCUGCCCUCCCUCCAAAGAUGAGGGCACCCAGGCAGCUGUCGAUGCCUCAUGACCCAGAGAGCGACGACGCUUCUGGGGUUAAGCUCAAAACAUUGGCCUUUACCUCCGGCUCUUCUCGCCUCCCUAAGCCAAAGAGCCACUGAAAGCUGUGGGUUUCAAAGCUCCUUCCUAACAUGCAGCGAUGUGAGACAACCAACCACAGAUAUCCUACUGAGUCAUUCUGUUCGCAUUUUCGCUAUUUUAACCAUUAUUGAUCCUAAACUCUGCUUCCUGUUCUCCUAAAUUCUCAUGAUAGCAGACUUGGUGCUGUGCGAUCAAGUGGCUGGGAAGAUCAUCAAAUUAAAGCUGUAGAUAGGUUGAAAUAUAUACAAUUAACUUAUUUAUUGUUAAUACUUGGAGCACUGUGGUUAAUUUAAUAAAAGUUUAAAAACUUGGUAAUGCUUAAUUUUACAGGUCCCUCAGUCUUUAUUUAUACGUAACUUUAAAUUCAUAGAAUUGUUUGGUAACAAUCAUGAGAAAAGUGGUAGGAAAAAACAAUUUUGUGCCCUCGAUUUAGCUUCAUUUAUCACCCUUUCACGCUCACUUGUAUUUAAUAUGAUUCAAUUGUAACCUUUGACAGAUAUACAGUUUUCGUUGUGUUAUUUGUUUUACAGGACAACAGAGCUGUUUCUGUUUUGCCAUAAAAAUCUUAUCAAAUCAAGAGCUCUAAUUGGUUAGGUUUUUUUCUCCCAUGACAACUGCUGACCUUUGUGGUACUAAACUGGUACAUUCAUAUUUUACAUUAUUAUUAAUAUACAUUACAUUAACACAGUAUAUUCAUAUUAAUUAAUAUUUAAUCCCCUACAGCCUACAGCAGAUCAUCUCAGCAUGAAAAGAUGUGCAAAUGAAGUUCUUAGAAAUAAAUGAUUUAUAAACAAAUAUUUUAUUUGAAAGUGAGCAACUCUUUCAACAAUAUUCCCCCAACAACAGCUAAUAAACUCAUCACAGUUUGUACUAUGUAAAAAGAAUAAAUUGCUAUUUCUAGUUAACAAGAAAUUGUUAGAAAUUACAGGGACCAGUAAAAUAAAAUAUUACCAAAUACUUCAAUCUUAAAGUUAUGCUGUUAUGUUACAUUAAGUAUUGUAUUUAUUUGAAUUAGAAAUCAAGUAAAAGACAAAAAAAACAAAAACAAAAACCAGAAGGUGCAGAAGCUGGUUGGUUCCUUUACUUUCUCAGUAAGUUAUAUAAUCUAAAUAUUGUCUGAUGCCGAUUCACUCGCUGUGUGUUAGGAACCAGUCUUAUUGUUUGUGUGUCCUGAUUGAGUGACUUCUUGCUGUAAAAAGUCAAUGCAAGUCAAACCUCCUGGCUGCUCCUCCACUCUUCAUCCCUUACUCCUCCAAAAAAUUCACCCAAAAACCGAGACAUGUAUCCCACUCUGACCUCCAGCCCAAACACUGGAUCCCACCACCUUUUCAUCAAUUGAUCUGUCUGUCUGUUCAUCUCAGACGGACCAGCUCAAACCCGCUGCUCUGCAAAACAUCACGUCUCCAAGGUCAGAAAAUCCAGCUUUAUUUUUUGUUCCACAUCAGAGAAAAUGAGCUCUUUAUUCUUUCUUCCAAGCCCUGUGUUCGAUCUGUGCUUCACAUUUACUUUGACACAUUCUUUGCAAAAUGUUUCCAUGUUGCUGCCAUUCAGUGGGAAAACCUCCCGCCUCCAGUCGUGAUGUGAUUACUUUGCCUCUUGUAUGAGCUGUUUUUUUUUUAAAGCGUUUUCAAGGCCAUUGGAAGAACUCAACAGGUGGUUGAAUUCUCAGAUUUUGUGAAGAGUUGGAGGUGCAAGGUUUUUUUUUUUUUAACCAAACAGCAGUAAUUUGAACAAAAACACUCUAGUUAGAGGGUGGGAUAGAGUUAAAGGUCUCAGUAUGCUUCAGAGAAAGUGGUACAACAAUUUUGAGGUUCUUCUGUUUUAUGCCACUUCAUACUUCUACUCCACUACAGAAAUGACAGAAUUAUUUUCACAUAGGGCUGAGUGAUACAGCCAGAUAUGUUAUCGUGAUAAAGAAUUUAAAAAGCAGUCGUUACCUGUAACUAUCAUGCAAAAUAUCCAAUCAAGUCUUUCAAGUUUGAAGGCUUAUUUUUGCUCCUCCAUUGUGUUUUAAACUUUUCUUUAUGUUCAGAACAAGACACCAAAUACUGGAACAUUUCACAAAUAUGAGGUAGAAAAACUACCAACGAUAAAAUCUAAUCUAAUUAAUAGAAAACCUAAGCAAUGCAUACUUCUGCUUCCUAAGACGUGACUGGCAGUUGAUAACGAGUUUCUGUGCUGAUAGGGCUCACUUUAUGCAGGCCUUGAAAAGGUUUGUGGAGGUGUGAAAGUCCAAGGUCUAUUUUACUCACUUCCAUCACUUUUUGUACUACAGCACGAUUGUAUCUGAGGACAAACUGACAUGGUUAGGCACCACGUUAUGCACUCAUUCUUUUGAAGUAUGCUGAGACCUUAAACUAACCAGACUGAGGCUAAAAUCAUUGCAGAAAUUCACUGAAAAAAGAAAACAUUAAUGUGUCAAUACUCAACAGUUGAGGACUAAAACCCACACAUUAUUCCUUUUCUGAACACUGGAUGUCACAUUUGAAACUGAAUUAAUCAGUCAGGUGACAUUAGCACGAUCUCCUUCCUCACAUAAACAUUUUGUCACCACAAUUCAAAAGGAAAUUCAGUUCCCUCAGAAAAAAUGAACCCACUAACAUUUACCAUUUAAUCAUCUGUCUGGAGAUAGAGACUCUUCCAUCCAGCGCAGCUUGCUUUGGUAUUAUGAACAGUAUAUGCAAAAGAAUAUGCAACAAAGUCGCAGGUUCAACCCCCAUUAAAAAAAAAAAAAAGAGACACUUUGUCCUGCCCAUGUGCCCUUGAGCAAGAGUGGAGAUGGUGUUGAAGAUAUAUGCAAAAACAGUCUUAGCGUAGAUUCACAUU